UAAAAGGGUGCCAAGAAGCUGGGACGAGGGAACGUGGGUGUAAAUAGACAGUGAACGCUCUUGGUCUCUCUCUCUCCCUCUCUCUCUCUCCCUCUCCCUCCCCCUUCUCUUUCUCUCUGUCUCUCUUUUAUGAAAUCAAUGAACGAGUUAUUGGGUAGGACAUAAAUAUAAGGAAUCAAAGCCUCCACCGGGACCAACGGCAUUGCGCGCUUUUGAUAUGCGUCUUCGCCAAAUGCUACAUGUGUUUUCACAUCAGUGUAAAUAUUGGCUUUGAUAGGACGAGAGUGGAAUCAGCUCUGGCACGGCUUGGUCUCGGAACCAAAUUUUGACCAAGACUUCCACCAGCUUUUUUUUUUUUUUUAUUUAUUAUUAUUUUUCAACGUAAAAACGAUUCCUCCACCAUCACCAUCUGCUGCUGUUGUACCCAUCCCAACUCACUGGCCGGUCCGAAGAUGGCAACUUUAACCAACGGGCAGGUGGACGGCACGGUGCACGGUGUCGGUGUAGUCUCCGCCAGCACGAACGGGCUCGUGAACGGAUUAAGCCACAGCCACAGCCCGGUGGGCUGCCCGGCCACCAUCCCCAUGAAGGACCACGAUGCCAUCAAACUCUUCAUCGGUCAGAUCCCCCGCAACCUGGACGAGAAGGACCUCCGGCCCCUCUUCGAGGAGUUCGGCAAGAUCUACGAGCUCACUGUGCUGAAGGACCGCUUCACGGGCAUGCACAAAGGCUGUGCCUUCCUCACCUACUGUGCCAGAGAGUCGGCCCUGAAAGCCCAGAAUGCAUUGCACGAGCAGAAGACCCUGCCAGGGAUGAACAGACCAAUCCAGGUGAAGCCAGCAGACAGCGAGAGUCGAGGAGAAGACAGAAAGCUCUUUGUGGGCAUGCUCAACAAGCAACAGUCAGAAGAUGACGUGCGGCGCCUUUUCGAGUCCUUCGGCAGCAUCGAGGAAUGCACCAUCCUCAGAGGUCCCGACGGAAACAGCAAAGGCUGUGCAUUUGUAAAAUACUCCUCUCAUGCUGAAGCUCAGGCAGCCAUCAGUGCACUACACGGCAGCCAGACAAUGCCUGGCGCCUCAUCCAGUCUGGUGGUGAAGUUCGCCGACACGGAUAAGGAGCGCACCAUCCGCCGCAUGCAGCAGAUGGCUGGUCAGAUGGGCAUCUUCAACCCUAUGGCCCUGCAGUUUGGAGCCUACGGAGCCUACGCUCAGGUGCAGCAGCAGGCGGCGUUGAUGGCGUCUGUAGGCCAGGGAGGCUACCUCAGUCCAAUGGCAGCCUUCGCUGCUGCACAGAUGCAGCACAUGGCCACCAUCAAUGGCCUCCCGGGAGCACCGCUGACCCCGACGUCAGGUGGCAGUACUCCUCCAGGCAUCAGCGCCCCCACAGUGACCAGCAUCCCCUCCCCCAUUAGUGUAAAUGGUUUUACUGGCAUGCCGCCCCCCCAGGCAAAUGGGCAGCCUCCCGCAGAGGCUGUCUUCACCAACGGGAUACACCAUUACCCUGUGUUGCAGGAGGUGGUUUUUAGGGAGGACUCGGAGAAAAACGGCUUGGGCGUGGCUCCGCGGAGUUGUUUUGGGGUUCAGGGUGGCUGCUUCCUCUCCUCUCUCUCUGAAGCUCAAAGUCCCACUGCAGCUGAUCCUCUCCAGCAGGCUUACACAGGAGUCCAGCAGUAUGCAGCAGCCUACCCCGCUGCAUACGGACAGAUCAGCCAAGCCUUCCCCCACCCUCCACCCAUCAUUCCACAGCAGCAACGAGAAGGACCAGAGGGUUGCAACCUGUUCAUCUACCACCUCCCACAGGAGUUUGGGGAUGGAGAGCUGAUGCAGAUGUUCCUGCCUUUCGGUAAUGUCAUCUCCUCCAAAGUGUUUGUGGAUCGGGCGACAAACCAAAGUAAAUGCUUUGGGUUUGUUAGCUUCGACAACCCAGGUAGUGCCCAAGCUGCCAUCCAAUCAAUGAACGGCUUCCAGAUCGGCAUGAAAAGACUCAAGGUGCAGCUGAAGAGGCCAAAGGAUGCCAACCGCCCCUACUAGCCCCCUGCCCCAGCCAGCCGCCGCCACCCUGGCGGCCGGGGCAGCCGUCGCACACAGGGAAAGACAGGUUUUGUUGAGCUGAAUCAUAUGUUGACUUCUUGCUACCCGCCACUGAGUGCAAACUCAACAUCUGGACCACUGAGGCUGCUUCAGAAACAGAGGAGAGAGAGAGAGAGUGAUGACCGAGUCAAGGACACCUCCUUUUGGAUGUACUAAAACUUUGGAACUCAGAGAGAAUUUGUACCAGCCUGGCUAGCCCCAGGACCUUUUUUCUUCUGCACACAUAUACACACCUCUUUCCCCACAAAACCCUGCUUGAAUGACAGCUACCUUUUCUGGACCACAAAAACUUUUACUUGAACAGUGAGGAGAAAAAAAAAGUAAAAGAAAACUCUAUCAAACCUACUUACAAUGACCAACCCCACUGAACUCUUAAAGGGAAUAUGGAUGUCAAAAGUCCACCAAGAACAAAACUUUUUAAAAACUGAAUAGAAGAUUGCCGUAGGAGAUCUUUCUGUAAGAUGGUUUGAGUUUGGGGCAGUUGACUUUUGAAGACCAAUUUAUAAGACUUGAAACAAGAAGGGACAAGAAAUUCUUGGAGUGAGAACUUAAGUAGGGAAUGUGAUAUUUUCAGGACACAAAUUGGCUUCGAUUUGGGAUGGCCAUCUUUAGCUCGGAGUGCCUGUCCGUUUCCAGGGGAUACCGUUGCCAAGGAGAGCCAUAGCAACGGUCUCCAGGGAGUCUUACCUGUCAUUCCUUAGUUGUUUUAGGGACCAAAAGACCAAACAUUUUUAUUGCUGAGGACUUGUAGCUCUAAUAUACUCGGACCACUGCAUCUCUUUCAGUCAGUGUUAACUGGUUGAGGAGUUGCACUUAAAAGAAGUGUACAUUUCGAAUAUAUACAACACAUGUAUAUAUACAUAUAUAUUGCUGAUAUGCUUUUUGAAUACAGGCAAAACUAUUUCAGAUGACCAAAUGGGGUCUCUCACUUCGCUAGUUUACAAUUACUCAAAAUGUUUAUUUUUUUCUCUUCUCAUUUUGUCUUGGGAGGGAUGGCGAGUGCAUGGGAGGGGCUGCUCCGUAUCACAGCCUUAUCUUUUUUAACUUGACAUCCUAACCUCAUAGAUAGAAUAACAUCAGAAACGUUUGAAAUAUAUGAACUUGUUUAUAUUUGCAGUACAUAUAUAUGUAUAACAAGCAUUCAAGCAAAUGUAUUCAUAUAUACAGUAUAUAUGGAUAAAUAGAUAUUAAUCACAAACAAAUAUAUGUAUUUAUAUGCACAUAUUUUAUAUAUGUGUGUCUGUAUAUAGAACGGCGACUGACUAUGUUGAGCUGUAAUUUUUUGUAGAUUUUAGCUGGAGUUUGAAACAUUGCUCUGCUUGGGAAGAAUCGCAAAUCUGGCAGCUCCCAAAACUGCAGGCAUUCCUAUCUCUGAUUACCUAUAUGCUGACACACAAUAUAUUGCUAAAAGAUACAUGUGUGAGAAUACACAUAUGGUGUAAAUAUUAUCUGAAAAUGCAAAAAGCCACAUCUCAGUAGCAGGCUUUAAGAGAAUCAGGCUAAAUGAUUUUAGAGGAAAAGGACAAUUAUCUUCGACUCUAUUCCAAACAUAUCUUUUGAGCUUAUACAUACACACACACACACACACACACACACACACACACACACACACAAACUUCUCUUUGAAACUUGAACCAAAAUGAAUACGUCUCACAACCCUUGCUCUCUUUUGCAUUCAGUAAAGUGCAUGUAGCGUAUGGGCUGUCACCAUGUCAAGGUGUGCCUUGUCACCUGCAGAAUCUGCCAUCAAGCACUGUGCUCUCAGAAAACAAAGAAAAAAAAACAAACACACACUACUGCAAGCAGCCAACGCGCUAUUAUGAUGUCAAAACUACAGCCAGAUCCAUAUCAUUUGUCAGCAGCGUAGAGAGCUUUCAGUGCAUGUCCAAUAUAACAAACCGUCCAACAACUGUUGGUCCAUCAAUGUCUCUGAAAAAAAAAAUGCAUUUAGAACAAACGUAGACUCAUGCGAUUUCACUUCAGAUAAAAGCGGGCAUUAGGUAACCUGUUAGCACAGGUGCUAACUAUCAAAGUUGUGUGCAGGGCACCUGUGACUACGUUCCACUGGUUGGAGUCAAAACUAGGGUAAAGUUCAGGGUUGACAUGACAUGGUUUAAUAUGAGAAGUGAUUGAGCUUAUUGGACCUGACGUGAGGGUUUUAAUGGUUAUGAAGGUGAUGUAAUAUUGAUGAGUACGUUAUAAUUAGAGAGCUGGCUUCCCAUCGAGCAGAAUAAGAGGUUUUAUGUACUUUCCCAUCCAGCAGUUAAUGUGUGGACCUCUGCUGGUAAAGCUUGACAUGAAGCAUAUCCUUUAGAAGAUGUUAUAUUGCCUUAUGUUAUAUAUGUCCUCAUACAAUCAAGUAUUAAAGCAUAAUGAAACUGUAAAAUGAAGCAAUAAGAGUGAAAAGCCAUUUACCCAUUACAACUGCUGUAUCACUGGGGCUGGUUUCAUAUUGCUUUAGCAUACAGUUUCUCAUAAUAGUCGACAAAAAUGGUAUGAACACCUACUAUAUACCUGCAAAAGGUCAACAGACUUGGAUUUAUUGGACCCUGCAUUCAACACAUAUUCAGCUGGUGGAGAUUACUCAAUGAAUAUUUAUAUACAUGAAUAUUUAUAAGGCUAUAUGACACUUUGGAAGACAAUGCUUCCUGUUGGGUGCUGUUACUAGUUUUCCUAUAAACUGCUCAUUAUGCCAUUUCCCUAGUGUCUGUGUCUAACCUUUUUAGCAGAUUGAAUAAUUUAACAUUUACCUUCAAAUCCGGUGAGGCUAAAAGACGCCACUACACAUCCCAGGACGCCACUGUUUGUAUGUGCCACACAACAAUGACCAGAUGACCAUCAUGAUCAUUUUUGCUCCGACAGUAUCCGCGGUUGGUUCGUACAAAAACGCCUUGUACAUCCACCUGAGCUGCCUUUGAGCCGACAAUAACAUCUGAAGCUAAAUGUCAUAUGUCUGGUGUCCCUGAUCGCCACACUGUGUGCCCUCUUUGACUGCCCCCUCGCCGCUCUGAGAAAACUGAAAAUGGUGUCAACGCGGUCUGUGCUUUUCUAAUGGUUUGUUUGAGCAAUCACUCAUGUCUUUCACCCAGCCCAUGUUUUCAUGUCGAGUGAAAUGAGGGAGGGGAAGCAAGAACGACCGCGGGAACUAGAACGCCAAGCACCUCUUCUUCAUUUGCUCCAACUUUAAGCUGCAAGUUUACAUGAGAAAAGUAAAACAAAGUAUCGUGGUUCAAAAACAACAAGAAACAGAGCAGAAGUUUGAAUAUAAAUAUAUAUAAAUAUAAAUAUAUACAUAAACCGAUGAAUAUACUGUAAAUUGUUUCCUUUUUUUGCUCUGUUUUCCUCUGUACAUAGGUUUGCAUAUUUUAUAGGACUUUUACUUCUAUCUACAAGGACUGGAUAAAGUACUUUAAAUACUUUAAAAAAAAAUAUAUGAAUGAAAAACAUGAUAAUGCUCAAUAAAACCAGGUACAAAAAAAAAAAAAAAAAAAAAUAGUCGCUAGGAUACGGUACAAACUGUAGGACCUGACCAAGGCAUUUAUCCAGAAUACAGUCAGGGAGAGCAUUGACCUCAGUUAGAGCUUAGACACACAUUGACCUAUUUUAUAAAAAAAAAAAAAUACUUUGAUGGGUUCUAUUCAUUUAUCUAUUUGUUUAGAUAUUUAUUUAAUAAGUCAUGUCUAAGAUAAUAUGCAUGCUUUCAUGGCAUUAUUUUUCUAUGAGUUGGUACGUGACCAAAUAGUUUUUAUAUGACAUGCAUGGGCCACUGUUGUGGUCCACAGAUGAUCAUUGUUCCUGUCUGCAGGACCAUGCCUUCAGCACUUCUUUGAUGAUGGGGAAAAAUGCUCCUAUUGACCAAGUGAUGUCAAAGACAGAUUUUUAAUCAUUUAUUUAUGCGUUUAUUUAUUUAUUUAUUUAUUUGUGUUUAUGUAUUUAUUUAUUCGUGCUGUUUGAUUCAAGAUCUGAGCUCUCUUGUUGCCACUGAUCUGUUCCGCUUUGUAUCACCACAUCACAUUUUACCACUCUUAGAGUAUUGGCAAACUCUGAACUUAACAGCUACAAAGACUGAUUUUACAUUUUUCCUGUUGCUGAUAAACUCUUCAAAAACAAUGCAGUGCAAUACUAAAGCCUUAUGUGUAUUUGUAUUUACAAAUUCAUUGUUCUGUUCCAAAAAAAAGUUAGCUUUGUUAAACGAUUGUUAAAAAGAGAUGCCAAUUAGAGGAUUCCUCUGUCAUUCUGAACACCAUUUGCUCCCGUCCUGAAACCUUUAAACAAAGUAAAAAAAAAAGGAGCAAUUCCAACUCAAACACUCCUUCAUAAACCAACUGUUCAAUCAGAUAUGUAUUCACAACAGAAGAUAUGCCUUGAGGUCACUACAAGUUGCUGCUAAUAUGUAAGGAUCUAAUGUCUGACGGAUUGCUAAUCACUGAUUAACUGCCUGCAUAAAACGCCAGUUUUGAUUUUGAAAUCUUUAUUCCCCUCCUCCCUGUUUUUCCCAUCUUGCUUUGUAUUGUUUGACGGAGCUCUGAUCUUGUUCAGCUGAUGUGUUCUACCAAGAGCAAAAUUCAAUGAAAACUGCACUAUCUCAUCGAAAACAAUUGAGUUUACUAUCAUUCUUUUAAGUGCUGUUAUCAGUGGUUUUAAUUUCUAAAGCUCAGUAGUGUUGCUAGAAUCACAUUUUCCUUCAUAUGGUUUUCAAAGUAUUCUGGAAAUCUAUUUCCCAAUUUCAGCACACACAGAGGGUGGGGAAAUGAAUGUUGCAUAUUAAGCUUUGCCGGGUUCCUGAUGAGCUAAGCUUCUGAUUGGGCAGUGCGCUUUAGGCUCCCGCCCCUGUCUCUCCAGACUGCACCAUUCUCUGGUCCCCUGAACUCUUUUUUUGUAAUUUUAAAUGAAUGAUGCGUCUCAGCUUAGCCCAAUAAUAAAGCACAGUCUAGAAUAAAG